CUGUUAAUAUUUUGACACGAGCGCCAUCUAUCAUCCUCCGACAGACAAUUAGCAAAACACACUGAUCCAGCUUCGAACUAACUUCGUAUUUUGUCUUUGUGGAUUAUUCUCUGGCUGUUGACUAUCAAAAUGUACGAACCCAGUCAGGCUCAAGAAAAUGGGAGUCACAGUGAACAGGAUUUUAACGAAAGAUUAGGACCUAUCGUGGAAGGCACACACCUUUCCUACAUUGAGCAUGCAUGUGUGAAGAUUCCAGAGGAGCUUGGCACAUGGUACGGGUCAAAGGUCACAAGGGUGGACCUCAGCUUCAACCAGAUCACAACUUUGAAGGGUUUGGAGAGAUUCCCUCAGCUUGAAGAGCUGGUGAUGGACAACAACGCUCUUGAUGAUUCUCUUCACGUUCCUCUCAUGCCCCAUCUUCAUACACUGCACAUGAACAAAAACACAAUAUCAGAUAUCAACAUUCUAGUGGAGAAACUUCAGAUGUCAGUUCCCUCUCUCACAUUCCUCAGUCUCCUUGGUAACGAAGCUUGCCCUAAUGAGCUCUCGAGCUCGGAGAAAGAUGAAGAAGACUAUCAAAGAUACAGAUAUUUUGUAAUCUACAGUAUUCCUACAUUGAGGUUCCUCGACCACAGAGCAGUAUCGGUGAAAGAGAGAAACGAAGCCAAGAGAAUAGGUGCGCUGAUGAAGGUAGCCAGACCUGCUGAUGUGGAUGACGCGGAGGAUGCGCUAUCUUCCAACUCUACUCUCUAUUCUCCUCUGCCAUCACAAGCAAGAAAUACAGAUGGCAAUCCUCAAGGUACGUAUGGACGCUGCAAAUAUGUCUACUAUGGCCGCCACUCAGAAGGAAACAGGUUCAUCCGUAACAACGACCUAUGAUCCAAUGACCUUUGCAUCAGGUGACGACCUUUGACCCCCAACACAUCCAUAGAGGUCAAGAGACCACUCGGUUAUCAACAACUUUUGGAUAAAAAGG